GCAGCACGUUCGCAGAGUAUCAGUACAGCGACCGAUGGUGGAGGGGAAGGUGAUUCGUCAGGUGGAGUGAGUCAGAUCGGCCGUUUCUCUGCGUCCGAUGAUGAGGAUGCAGCCAGAAUGUUUACACAAAAAUAUGGCUCAUUCGGAAAUGGUGAAUUUGCGAGAGUGUUGACCGAGGCAGAGACAGCCAUUAGAAGAGGUAUAUUCCCAGAACGAAUUAAGCAAGGCUCAUCAGGAUCGUAUUUCGUGAAGAAUAUUAAAGGGGAGAACAUUGGAGUUUUCAAACCGAAGAACGAGGAGCCAUACGGACAGCUGAAUCCAAAAUGGGUGAAAUGGAUUCAUCGAAUAUUCUUCCCGUGCUGCUUUGGACGAUCCUGCUUGCUGCCGAAUCAGGUGGGUAGAGGGUUAAGGUAUUUUCUGAUCGUUAUUAUUAUUAUUAUUGUUAUUAUUUUUGUUAUGUUAUUUUUUGUUAUCGUGUUUGCGUUGUUUUAUGUUCAUGUUUAUGUUUAUGUUGAUUUUAAGUUUCGUGUUGGACUGUUGACGUAUUAUUUGAUAUGA